GGUCACCAACAAACAAAAGGUUCACAAUCUGAAUUUCAUUUCAAACCAAAACGAAACAAAAUAAACGAACAAAACUUAACCCAUCGUUGUUGUCAAAUCAUCGAACGAAACAUAUCUUUUUUUUUCUUCAAUAUGAUCAAAUACAUUGCAUCAAUUUUUUUGUUUUUUGGUGCCUGUUAUGCAUCAUAUGGUGGUCAUAGUGAUGGCGGUGGUUAUUCAAUGAAUGGUGUGGAUGCUGCAAUUCAUUCAAAACAUUCUGUACAAAUCAUACCGGUUUCUGGAUCAAAACAUAUGGGCAAAACACCUGUUGUUGAUAUAAAUUCUGAACCAUUACCAUUAACACUUCGUUUUAAUUCACAUUCAACAAGAAUUCUACCGAUUCAAAAACAUUUUAGCCAUUCUGGACAGGUUUAUAAACAAAAUGCAAUCGAUGAACCAGAUGUACUUAUACAAAAUAUUCGUAAACCAAUCAUACAAGAAGUUCGUGAAAUUAUUUCACCAUAUCGACAGGUUACACAAGAAGUACGCCCAGUACAGGAACGUAUACAAACACUUAUCGCUCGUGGUCAAGAUGGUAUUAAUUUUGGUGGAAGCAGUGGUGGCGGCGGCAGUGAUGGUGGUAACGAUAAAAAAUACGAUAAAUAUGAUGGAUAUGGUGGAUAUUAACAACCGGGAAAAUCAUUUUCCCGGUUCAAUUUUUU